UUACAGUAGGGAAGUAAAGGCACUUCCUCCUUCCUUCCUACCGCACUGGUUGCGGACAAACCAGUCAGCUUAAAAGGAAGCCGGAAAAUCGUGGCAAUGUGGAUCUAGAAAGCUUUGAAGUGACUGUUUCAACUGACUUUUCGGCGUUUCUUUCUACGGCCAAUGACACCGGGUUUAAUCAGGAAAAGGCAUCCAGCUGUGGUGCGUUAAAGUGAUCCGAGCGCAGCCCUUUCUGCCACAAUGGCUGCGACGUAGCGCAACUUUUGGAUCAGCGCUAGAUGAUCGACAACAGUGACUUUUACAUACGAGCAGGAGACACAGAGGAGGAGAAACAUGAAGAAACAGUUUAAUCGCAUGAGGCAACUCGCCAACCAGACUGUGGGAAGGGCUGAGAAAACUGAGGUGCUGAGUGAUGACCUCCUACAUAUCGAAAGGCGGUUGGAGCUGGUGCGCUUGGUGUCGCACAACACACACAAGAGGCUGGUGUCAUGUUUGCAGGGUCAGCCGGGCACGGACACAGAGAAGAGACAUAAAAAGUUGCCCCUGACAACACUGUCCCAGGCCAUGCAGGAGGGAGGCAGUCAGCUUGGAGACGACGGUCUGAUUGGCAGGAUGAUGGAUGUGUGUGGAGAGGCUGAGAGCAGAUUAGCGACUGAGCUGAUGCAGCAUGAAGUUCAGAUCGAGAAAGACAUCCUGGAUCCUCUCAACCAGCUGGCUGAGGUCGAGAUUCCAAAUAUACUAAAACAGAGGAAACAACUUGCCAAGCUGGUUCUGGAUUAUGACUCUGGCAAGACGAGGUGGUACCAGGCAACAAAGUCUAACAACCAGGCAAUGGCAGCUAAAGCCGAUUCUCUCAAAGACGAGAUGGACGAGGCUCUCAACAAAGUAGAAAUAUGCAAGGACCAGCUCUCUGCAGACUUGUACAACUUCGCCUCCAAAGAGGGAGAUUACGCACGCUAUUAUGUCAUGUUAUUAGAGGCCCAGGCAGAUUACCACAGGAGGUCUCUGGCAGCUCUGGAGGCAGCGAUACCGACUAUCCAAAUACAGCAAGAUUCCUGGAUGGAAAAGCCGGCGUUCGGCACGCUGCUGGAGGAGCACCUGAAGAGGAGCAGCCGUGAGAUCGCUCUGCCCCUCGAGGCCUGCGUCAUGAUGCUUCUGGAGACAGGCAUGAAGGAGGAGGUAUGAGUGAUGGCGAAAGCUUAGGAGAAAAAUAG